AUGAAUCGAGUUGAGCCAAACGAUUCAGGAUUGGGAGCGGAUGAAGAACAGACACCACGUGUCCGUAUCGCUGAAGACCGUCUCCACCGUAGUCGUCGUGGUCCGAAUGGAACGAUGUCCCCGGUCACUGAUGUCAUCGAUGUCCCAAUUGGUCACGCCCACUCGCCAGUGGAUAGCGAAGAAGAUGAUGACGAUUCAAUGGAUUACGAUGAUUCGGAGGAAGGUUCCGAGGAUUCUGAAUCAUCAGAAUCUGAAGGUGAAGAAUGCAAUGAUCAUGGCAUGAAACUUCGCUCGACGCGUGUUGUGAACGGAUGUAUUGACAAGGCGGAGUUCAAGGAACUCGUGAAGGAAAUAAUAGGAGAGGAAGUGCGCGAGGAUGGAGGAAAGUUUAAAAUCCGUUUGGAUGCACUCGACGUGCUGCAGAAGGCCUCCGAGGACAUGUUGGCGGAGUUGUUCGGAAAGGCGAACGAAGUGGCGAAGAUUGGGAAAAGAGAGAAAAUUAAGGCCACCGACAUUCAAGCUGUCCGCCUCUGCGAGUACAUCGCGAAGCAGUCAGGAAGUGAGCGGAACCCUCCGAGAAUCGAAUAA